UCUGCGCACAGCCCGGGCGCAGAGCUGCUGGCUAUUUUUGGAUCUCAUAGUGGCCAUUUUUUCCCUCUUUCUCUCUCUUCCGCCUUUGAGUCGAUUAAUCAUCGAUAUGUGCUGAUUUAUUGAUGUGUGGAGGAGAAUCAUCGGAGCUGCGAGCACCGUAGCGGGCCGGUAACAGCCGUGAGCGGAGAGAUUUGCGCUUCUCAAUGGAAGACAUCUUCCUGUCCGCUGCGAGAGACGGACUGAAGCGCAUCUGUGUCCCCGCCGAGCACACACGGACUUUUUAUAAAUGAAAAUCUGAUAAUAAAGACUCAGGAGGAGCAACGUGUCGGCCUCAAGCACCGGGGCUCGUCGUUAAUCAGGGACGGAGACGUUUGACGCCCUGGAGCCCGGAGACAGGAGACCGAGCUGCUGUCCACAUUUUGACCGCAGUUGCUGAGCAGCGGGGGGGUCAAGGUGUGAUCCAUGGAUCCCACAGGAAGACACAAAUAAUCAGCAGGUUCGACCUCCUCCAGAAGUGAGACACUUUGGUCCUCUUGGAGCUCUUUGUCUCGACCAAUCAAAGAGCUUUCCCUCUACUGCUUCCCUCUCCACCUGUCCUCUGUCUCACUGCUGACCCUCGAGCAGACAUCAUGGGCACGGUGUUGUCUCUGUCUCCCAGCUACCGCAAGGCCGUGCUGUUUGAGGACGGUCCGGCAACGGUAGGUCACUACACAGCCGUCCAGAACAGCAAGAACGCCAAGGACGCUGCCGCAGCAGCCGGGAAGUCCCUCAAACGGCCCUCUAUCAUCAGCGUGCUGCCAUGGAAACGCAUCGUGGCUGUAUCGGCGAAGAGGAAGGGCUCCAAGAAGUUGCAGGCAGACGGCGGGGACGGCGGUAAAGGAAGCUCCCCGGAUGGCCACGCCACAGCCAACUCAGCCUCCAACAGCCUGAAGCUGAAGAAGUCUCAGUCCUGUGCAAACCUUUCGUCUUACUCCUCCAGCCAGGACCCCUCGGCCACCACCACCACUACCUCCUCCCACCUGCCCGUCUCCAAGACCUUGGCUAACGUAGCUACUGUCGCUGCCAAAAAGAAUUCCCUCACAGGCUCUGGGAUCCAGCCGUCCGCUGCUACCGGCACGCCAAAACGUGUCAUCGUCCAGGCCUCCACCAGUGAACUGAUGCGCAGCCUGGGUGAGUUCCUGUGCCGUCGGUGCUACAGACUGAAGCGUCUCUCCCCGACAGACCCGGUGCUGUGGCUGCGCAGCGUCGACCGCUCCCUCCUCCUACAGGGCUGGCAGGAUCAGGGCUUCAUCACUCCGGCCAACGUGGUCUUCCUCUACAUGCUGUGCCGCGACGUGGUCUCGUCCGAGGUGGCGUCGGAGCGCGAGCUGCAGGCCUCGCUGCUCACCUGCCUCUACCUGUCCUACUCCUACAUGGGCAACGAGAUCUCCUACCCGCUGAAGCCCUUCCUGGUCGAGGCGGAGAAGGAAGCCUUCUGGGACCGCUGCCUGGAGAUCAUCAACCGCAUGAGCGGCAAGAUGCUCCAGAUCAACACCGACCCGCACUUCUUUACCCAGGUGUUCGCCGACCUGAAGAACGAGAGCAAGAAAGAGGAGGAGAAGACCAAACUCCUCAUAGGCCUCGACCGAUAAGAGGGAGCUGGGAGGGGGGAAGGAAGGAUGGAUAGAAAGAUUGACGGGGUUAAUAGGUUGAGGACAGGCGGACUAAUGUAACGCAGCGUAGCGAUACCGUGGAGCAGUAACGUUGUCUGGCGUCUCUACCAGUUCAUUAUUAACCAUAUUCCCUGUUUCUGGGUUCAAAACACUCUGAGACAGAGGCAGUAACUGAUCUGUGUCUCGCCUGAAGGCAACAUGCGUCCUACAGGACCAUUUUACCACAACGCAGCAGAUAAAAUCAGAGCUGUCAGCGACGUUAUUUGACAUGAUUGGAUCUGAUUGGAUCUGUUGAUAUCCAGCGCCCGGGUCAGGAUGUGACAGCAACAAGCUUUAAAGCAGAGAUACGAUCACGUUUAUCAAGAACAAUGUAACUGACAACACAGACAGAUGUUUUAUCAAAUGCACGGCCAGCAGGGUCGGUGAUGUCACAUUUACACGCUGUGAGAAAUAGAUCAUUUUUAUCUUCUGCCUCAGGCUCAGAUUCACAUCAGUCCGACCUGGACCUUGUUUCAGUGAGAUCAGAAAUGCAAUCUGAUAUUUUUCUGUCGUUCAGAGACGCCAGACAACAGAUUUACUCAUCACAGGAGAAUAUUAUAGAUAUAAAGACACAGUAUGUUGAUGAUCGUGUGUGAAAGCAUCCAGACAUUUCCGCUAUAGAGAGAUGUCACGGUGAUGAGAAUCACCUUGCAUGAGGUCACUCCAUACGUCCUUGCACAUGACCACCUGCUUAUUGCCAACUCCACUUUACCUUAUUCCUUAUCGUCCUGCCCGAGCUUAUUGCACUCACCGACACUGGCUGCCAUGUCACUGUUGAAACUUUAAC